AUACAGCGUGCGCCAGCAACAGCACCUGCACCAUCAUAACCUUGUCCCCUGCAAUCAUCAAUUGACAAUGUUGAGUCAUCCAAGGCUUCUAAAAUAAGUUUAUCAAGAUUUUUACCACUUAAUCCCCAAUUACAAUGCAAAAAAACAAAUGAUUCUUGUCUAACAUUCAUACCACUAUCAACAAAUCGCAGGAUAGCUGUUCUUUGUGAGAAGAGUCAGCAGCUUCAUCUGCAAUUAUGGUAUAUUACCUACUUUCCUUAAUCUCCUUAAUAAGAUUUUCAGAUAUUACCUGACCAAUACAUUAAAUAAUCUUGUUUUGGCUUGUCUUGGGUAUGUAGCUUCUAUUUUUACCACAUUCAGACAAAUGAGUUUUCAAAGUAUUAUCCCCAGCUCUCACUCUAAAAUUAAGGGAUUCAAUAAAAUUACCAACAUUCCCAUUGGUAGAGUAACAACCAACCUCAGGAUGAUACUUGGAGUCAUCAUGGUGGCCUCGCAGACCCAUGCCAAGCCUGCCACAAAAUAGAACAGAAUCUACAAUAGGCCUAAGAAUUUCCCUAUUUUUUUCAAUUUCCUUUUUGACAUUUGCAUCCAUGAUAUUAUCAAUGGGUUGUGAAGUACCUGUCAUUUGAGAAAGUAAACCAGUUAGCAUUGGAAAAGUACAUGCAUGCAGUCCCAUUUCUCCCACAGUGUUAUUCCCAGCAUGCCAUUUAAAAGUAGACAUGGCAUCAUUCCAAUAACGAAAAGGCUUAGACACUAAUCUAGUAAUUCUAGAACUUCUAUGUGGGAAAUGAUCCCCAAAAAGUACACAAGAUAAACAAUACGCACCAUCUUCUGAAGCAGAAUAACAAAGCCAGGGAAAGAGAUCAAGUCACUCAUACCUAAAAGUUCUCUUGUUUUUCUCACUCAAACAAGGAAAAACAUAAUGUCUGUGCGGCCUAAAAACACUCUUAAUUAAAGUGCAGAUUUCAGGAGUAUUCAAUCAUUUAACCUUUUGCUUGUAAGAGGCAAUAUCAAAAUUACUAAUUGGUAAUGGUAAAGUGGUUUUUACCUGGUCAUCAGAUAGCUCUGAAUUCUCUAAUGAAUAUUCAGGAGGCUGCAAUGGUUUUGAGUUAGCAAGAGGAAUAUCAGUUGUAACCAUUGAUGCAAGUUGUGCUUUGGAAGAAAAAGUUUCAUUAGGUGCCCUGGUAUAAGUGGUAUUAGUACAAACACUCACCACAGCUCGUUUUUCUUCUUUUUGAAAAAACUUGAAAAUAUCCCCAUCCACCUUUUUAGCCACUUUUAAUUUCUUAGAUGACACAGAGCUACAUGUAGUUGCACUUGAACAUUUUCUUUUAUGUUUGCUGGAAUAAAAAACUAGAGGAGCAAAAUGGUUAGGCUGUGUUGUAAAUUAAGAUCUUCACUCAUAGAAAAAGUUGAAUAAUAAUAAUAAUAACAAACAAAUUUACAUAAAUGAACGUUGUGUUAAAUAUUUUCAAGUUCUGUUCUCAAAUCCAAACUCUACACUCCCAAAACAUGUGUUUCACGUCACGAGAAUCGCACGAGACUGUCUCAUUCUACGAUAAUUAUACAUACUCCCCACCUUGACAGAUCAGAAAUAUAUCUGUCAAAAUAUAUCUGUCAAUUAUUUCAGUACAUACAGUUUCAGUCCAUGUUUUCUGCACUUGCUCUUUCAACAAAGGUGAUUGGAAACUCAUUUGUAUCUUCAUGUUCAAGUUUGCUGUCUUUCACUUCAACGGGAUAUAGUCUUUGUACCGCUCUUCUAGUUGUCGCGAGUUUUCCGGCUUUAUUGAACAUUCUUACUGUUGCAGCUCGAACAUUUCCAUCUCUCCCUUUAAGUGAACUUUCUAUCACCGCGAUGGGCCAAUUUAAUCUUUUAACGUUGUCUUCCUGAAUCAGAACGACAUCUCUGACUUUAACUUCUAGGCCGUCUUUCUUUCUUGGUUGAUGAUGUUCGCGCAACUGCGUCAAGUACUCCGAUUUCCAUCUUUUCCAAAAAUGUUCAAGAACAUUCUUAAGAUACUUGUCUUUCUUCAACAGUUUGUUGCUUCCUUCGUCUUCUACGUCGAACUCUCCUUGCACUGGAACCGUAAGUAUUUGUUUACUUAACACUAUAUGUGACGGUGUUAAUGGUUCAUCUUGAUCUGGAUAUACAUAAGAACUUGCGUCAGGGUUUCUCGAACUCCAUUGUGCAUGACUUGUUGGUGCUUGACAUGGCCACUUUCGAUUUUUAGAGGUCAUUUUACGGCACUACCAAAAUUGCUGUAUUUUGCACGUUAAUGGGAAUAUUUCACAAAACAUGAUUUCGUUUUAUAAAUUAGAGAUAUUUAUUGAUUAGCAGACGAAAUUUAGAGACAUUUCUGUAAAAAGUGAAUAUUUUACAGACUCUCUUAAUGUUUUUUUAUUUUCGAACCUCUUUAUUAUAUGCCAUAUUAGGCAGCGAAUAUCUCCAUUGUUACAUCGAUUUAGACAAAAAUUUCAUAACCAGAUCAAAGAAAUAUGUUUUCGCUUGCUAUUGAUCAAAUAAAAUUUGGGGGCAACUUAGAAUUGAAUUUUUGACGAAAUUUUUCAUAACCCCUAUUUUACCCGAAUAACCGUAUGUUAAUAUAAUCAGCGUCGAGUCAUGUAGUUCAAUAAAUAAACAAAGAGCUCGUCAAAAGCGUUUAUUUCUUCAAGUAAACAAGCCUAGGCCUAUAAAACUACCUUAGCUAAAGCUGUACUAGCUGUCAAUCUCUCGAGGACGACCUCGCAAAGAGUUUUAAUUUAAUUAAUAUUAAAGCUGGAUUCUUUCACCGUGAUGUCAUGCCAAAAGGUGUCUUUUCUAUUUUUAAAAAAGAUCCCGGCUCUCAGGGGUGGAAAAUUUUUUUUUCUUUCUGGGAACCUGGGUCGAAGGCUAGAAAUUUUCUGUAAUAUUUGUAAUGUUACAAUUACAAAAAUAACAAAACAAAUGCAUAAUUAUUGUAUUAUUUGUACUUUAGUAAUAAUGGGCUUUAGGCUGGUUUUCGUACGCUUGUACAUCACAAUAGUUGUCUGAUAUAUACCACAGUUAUGAGUUACGACCAAUGAAUUAUGAAGGAUCUUGAUUUUUCUUGAUUAGUGUUGGUGUUAUGUACUAAGGUGAAUAUGAUGUUUGUGAUGUUACUCUGAGUGUCUAUCCACGCCAGGCAAACUUAAAAAAUAUGCCUGGCCACGAUGGGAAUCAAACCUACAACAUUUGGAAUACUAGCCCAAUGUUCUGCCAACUGAGCUACGUGGUCAGGUCGGUUCAAGUAUGUGAUAUUUUGGAACUGAAUUUAGUUCCUUUGACAUCAAUGUAAUCUAGUAUUCCAAAGGUCGUAUAGGUUCGAUUCCCACCAUGGCCAGGCAUAUUUUUCAAGCUUGCCCGGUGUGGAUACACACUCAGAAUAACAUCACAAACAUAGUAAGGAUCUAACGCUUAACUAAGUGUCCUAUCAUCUUAUUUAUUCCAUCACUUUUAUUUGUUUACUAUUUAAUUUGAAUUUUAUUGGAGACUUUGCAGAGCAUAUAUUUACCAUUUUACCAGUCAUUGUGAUGGCAGGGUGGGUAAAAGAAUUAAUUUCUGUCAAAUAUUUAAAAGCUGCUGAUGUUAGCAUGUACAGUGUAAAUAAAGUAGAAUAAGUUGUAACUUGUAAGUUGAGUAAACAGAGUUAUCUCAAAACUCUCAACUCAAAAAAGUUUCUGGGAACUAGGUUCCCAGGUUCCGAUACUUUUUCCACCCCUGCCGGCUCUAUUGAUUUGUGAUUUGGUAAUAUUAAUUACAGUUGUAUAUUUGAUUAUUUUGUUAGUGCUCAAUAAGUUUGAAUUUGUUCUGAGAAAACAGUCAAACUUCAGACCAAAUUUCUACGCAGUUACUUAGUAGUUUAACUGCCCAUCACUUUUAAAACAGCAAGAAGAUAAAGACAACGUGUACGGGUGAGUUAUCCAUGAAAUAAAUAGUUGGUUUACAAAAUGAAUUCCGUCUUUGUGGAUAAAAAUUUGUUAUAAAUAAUCUCUCCUGUAUGUGUUAAAUGCUACAUAUAGGGAUUUCCCCCGGUAUAUACCUUCUCUUUUGUAUCGCUGUUUCUGAUUACUCGUCUCUUGUCACUGGGUCAUGUGGUGCCAGCAACUCUAAUCCAGCUGAUUCAGAAUGCGUUCUUCUUAAUGAUUGUGAUAAAAGAAAUCAAGGGACACCUGAGGUCGCACGACGUUAGCUAGGAUUCCAGUUUGAGAACAGAGUCUCGUCUUUCACCUGCACGAGCCGAUUAGUUCAUUAUUUUCUACCUGACAUUCUGACAUAUACUUUUGUCAAGAAAGUAUUUGUCACUAAAAGUCAAGAAAGGCAGGCCAACUUUCCCAGAGGGGGCCCCAGAAUGGUGGAAUUGUGCAACAUGUUAAAUAUUAAGGAAUAUUCUGAAAAUUGAGGUCAAAAAAGGUCUGAAAAGUAUUUUGAACACCCCCCAUUAUCGCAAAAUUAAUUUAUAUAAUUAGACUGAGUUCCUUAUCAGCAUUUUGAAAUAUCCCUGUUACAAAUAGAGUAUUAUUGUCAGGACGUGCCAAGCAAUAUCUGGUUGGGGAUUGGUGGAUGGUGAACUUAAAAAAUUGGGCCUCCUUCCUUCCUUUCGGCGGCCCCCUCAAAAUAUUUUCUGGUAAGCAAAAAUUUUACAGUAAAAUGUAAAGGGUGGGUGGGUGGGGCGACGUUUUUUGGGAAAAACAUUCCAAAAAUUAUUUUGCGAUAAUGGGGGGUUCAAAAUACUUUUCAGACCUCAAUUUCAGAACAUGUUGCACAAUUCUAGCAUUCCGGGGCCUCCUCUGAGAAAGUUGGGGCCCCCUUUCAAGUUGACUUUUUCUGGCCUGAGUACUGCCUGAGUGUUCUAGAUGUAUCAUACAGAAAUGGUUGGAUAAAUGUAAUUGAAAUUGGACCAAAAGUAUAUGUCAGAUAACGUGUAACCACAAACAGCCAUACAAAAGAGAAGAAAUAUACCAGGGGAAAUCCCUACAUGUAGCUUAACACAUACAGGAGAGAAAAUUUAUAACUUAAUUAAUUUUAUCCACGAAGAUGGAAUUCAUUUUGUAAACCAACUAUUUAUUUCAUGGAUAACUCACACGUACAUAUUGUCUUUAUCUUCUUGCUGCUUUAAAAGUGAUGGCCAGUUAAAACUACUAAAUAAGUAACAGUGCAUGGAAGUUUGGUCUGAAGUUUGACCAAAGUUAUUGAGCAACAACAAAAUAAUCAAAUAUACAACUGUAAUAAAUAUUACCAAAUCAUAAAUCAACAGAGGGUCUUUUUUAAAAGUAGAAAAGACACCUUUUGGCAUGACAUCAUGGUGAAAGAAUCCGGCUUUAAUAUUAAUUAAAUUAAUUACUGUAAGUAAACGGAUUACAAUUUCAACGUAAACUGACCUAUGUUUUUGACAAAAAGGGCAUGCACUAUUUAUGUUCGAAAAGUUAUAAGCACGAUGAUGAGUCGUGAAAGAACACAUAUUUAUGGGAAGGGGAGAGAAAAUAUACUUGCUUUUCUUAUCGCGGCAUAUCCCUGAUAAAAUAUAAUUAAAACCAAAUCCGCCAAAUCAGCAGCGCCGGCUAUACAAUAUAUUAUAGGCAUUACCUGAACAAUAAGUGACUGUAAACAGUGUGAUUUAGACCUAAAUGCUUUCUGCCAAUCGUACAGCUUUAGCUAAGGUAUAGUUUUAUAGGCCUAGGCUUGUUUACUUGAAGAAGUAAAUGCUUUUGACGAGCUCUUGGUUAUUUAUUGAAUUACAUGACUCGACGUUGAUUAUAUAACAUACGGUUAUUCGGGUCAAAUAGGGGUUACGAAAAAAUUCGUCAAAAAUUCAAUUCUAAGUUGCCCCAAAAUUUUAUUUGAUCAGUAGGAAGCAAAAACAUAUUUCUUUGACCUGGUUAUGAAUUUUGUGUCUGAAUCAAUGUAAUGGAGAUAUUCGCUGCCUAAUAUGGAAUAUAAUAAAGAGGUUCAAAAAUAAAAAGCAUUAAGAAAAUCUGUAAAAUAUUCACUUUUAACAGAAAUGUCUCUAAAUUUUGUCUGCUAAUCAAUAAAAAACUCUAAUUAUCGUGCAAAAUAGAGCGAUUUUGGUAGUUCGACGUCUCUCUCCUUCAAUAUUUAUCCGAUCGAAAUAAAACUUUCACAACAUUAAUACUUCAUACAGGCCUACAUUCUGACAAAGUUUGAAAGAUUUUGAAUUUUCUCAUUUUACAUGUCUUUCCUGACUAUUACAGACAACCGCUCUUAAGGACUCUUUUACUUUUUGAUCAUUUGCUUGUUUGGACAUUGGAUGCUGAAUGUCUUUAAUCCAUUUCAGUUCUGCGCUGUCGAUUUCCUCACAGGUAAUCUGGCCAACCAUGGUAUCAAGAUUCUCUAAGGAUUUCUUGAGAUUGUUAAUAAAAUGUAAGACAUACGCUGUAACUCGAAGUAAUCUUUCAAUAGUGCUGUAUUCCAAGGUAUCCAUCAAUUCCAUGAUAUUUGGAAUUUGUGUGACAUUAAUGAUUGAUGUACUAACACUUACGCCCGGAGAUUUUAACUCGGAAUCGUCCUCUUGGAAAUUGGAAGGUUGGGAUGGCCAAUGUUCAUUAGACUUUAUUAAAAAUUCAGGACCGUUCCACCACAAUUUGUUUUCUACAAGCUGGGUUGCUGUUGUUCCUCGGGAGGCAAUGUCUGCUGAGUUUUGUUUGGUAGGUGUACAUACUUCCAUAAUUCGGGGGGUGCCAGUCUUCUUAUCUCUAAUAAUCGGUUUUCAACAAAUUGUUUGAAUUCUUUGUUAGAAUUUCGUAUCCAACUAAGCACUACAGUUGAAUCAGACCAAUAGGUGACUGAAUCGAUUCUCUUGACGUCAUUCAAGGCUUUCUUCACGCUUUCAGUUAACCAGGAUGCUAGAAGACUUGAUAAUAAUUCCAACCGAGGAAUCGUCUGCUUUGACAUUGGGGCCACUCUUGUUUUUGAAGCAACUAGAUCACAAUGAAUACCUUCUGAGUGUUCACAUUGUACGUAGACACACGCACCGUAAGAACUUUCGGACGCAUCUCCAAAAGAAUGCAACUCAGUUGACUUAAUUUCACUACCGAACGAAUCUGGACAAUAACAUCUUGGGAUACUCAUGUUGUUGGCUUCUUUCAAUUUCUGGACAAUCUUAUUCCAUUCUUCGCAGAAUUCGUCAUUCAGUGGUUCAUCCUAGUCGAGUUUGCUCUUAAACAACUCUUGAAACAUUUGUUUGAAUCGAAGGGUGACUGGAGAUAUAAGACCUAAUGGGUCAUAAAACUUUGCUGCGAUGCUUAGUAUGCUUCUCUUCGUGAUAGCAUUUGUCUCAACAUUUUUCAAGGCUGCAGAAAAGAUCAUAAUUAACAUGUCUGUUUGGGGAUUCCAUACUUGACCUAAGACAUGAGGGUGGGAGUCAAGUUGCUGAGGGUCGACAAUUGACUUUGAAUAUCCUUGAUCUUCCUCCAGUACUGAACUCGGUAAAUUAGACGGUUGUUGAGGACUUUCUGAAAAUUGUGGAUCAUUUUGAAACUCCGUCAUUAAUUCUUUGCUGUUACACAUCCAUUUGCGCAUAUUGAAACCACCUUCGGACACUCGGGUUUUGAUCUUCUUCGCCAAUUCCAGGGCUGAUUCUGGAUUAUUUUAACCAGAUGCAAGAUCAUCCACGUAGAGGGACUUUAGCACCUUGGUAACAAAGGUUGGAUCAUUGGUGGAGUAUUGAGUAAGGUGAUGAUGGAGUACAGCAUUCAAGAUGGCUGGACUGCAGGUAAGACCAAACACUAGUCGAGCAAAUCUUAAUGUUGGGGCUUGUGUCAUGAAUGUCAUCGAUCCAAAAGAAGCGUAAAUAAUCUCGGUGCUCUGGUGAGAUUUUUCUCGAUAUCUGCGAUCAUCACUACUUUAUAUACGUGGAAUCGAACCAGAAUAUCGAAGAUCAGGGUGUUGAGGGAUGGUCCGGUAUGUAGACAGUCAUUCAAACUUGUUCCAGAACCUUUUGCUGAUGUAAAUUUGUUUAUUAUUAUUAUUAUUCAACUUUUUCUACGAGUGAAGAUCUUAAUUUACAACAUGGUCCUUUAGAACCGGAUAGAAUUCGAAGGAAAUUUGAAAAUGUUGAAAGAAAAUCGAUUCGAAUACGUGGCGGACAUCGUGCUUACGUGAGUAAAAUUAUCGAAAGUGCCAACAAAAUUCUCGAGCAUUUUAGCGGAUCUACGAGUGAAAGAGAAAAGUUAGAGAAAGUUUCAAGGUUACUUUAAAAGAUAAGAAAGAAGUUCUUAAGAGUAUGGACAAAACUAUAUUGGAGUUCACGAAAGAUGAAGACAUCAACAACGAGAUAAUCGAAGCUAGUGAUAUCGGUGAGUCGAUUAAUCGUUUCGCUUCUAUUAAUUCAAAAUUUAACAAUACCAACCCCUACCGCAGAUGGUUUGAAUGCUUGUGAAAAUCCCUACAUUUUAGUGGGAGGUAUAUUCCUGUAGCUACAAUAUUGAGCGAGAAAACGUUGUCUAAACGACGGGGUCAAAAUCACACAAUGUAAACAAAAUUUGAAACCAGAAUUAUAAUUAGAAAGUUUAAUGCAACAUAAACAUACGACUUUUAUUCGACUAUAUCUCUGCGAAUAUUACAGGUACAAUAAUUUUACGUAUAUUGUCAGAUAGCUGGUGAAUUCAGUUACAUUUUGGUACGAGCUGUAAUAUUGUAGCUAGAAUAUUGAGCGAGAGUUUGUUGCCUAAACGAGGGUGUGAAAUAAUGAUUUUCUUGAAAAUCCGCCAUUGUCCAUUGAUUUUGCGUCCUCAUUUCACUGACACCGUAUAUCAAAAUCGAGCUUCAAAUCAACAGUAGGCUAAAUAGUAUUCACUACAAAAACUAACCUUCACUGUGUUUCCUCCAGAAUUAAGGUAAUUAAGUUAAGAUAAUAACUUUGUACUGGCUGUAAUGUCUCAAUCCGGAAGUGCAAAAAUGCAAAGCAAAGUUACGCCCCCUGUCAUAAUUAUUUUGCAUGUAAAACGUAAAGUUUUCUGAUCAAAACGCUCACUACAAAACUCGUAAACAUCGUGUUUUUGCGGCGUGGGGUAACGCUUGAAUGCAAAUGGUAAUAUUUGACAGAAUUUCAGACACAUGGCUCAAGUAACAAUCAUAUUUUCACUACAUUCUUUCGCAAUUAAAGUGCUUAAAAUAUAACUAUUCUUACCUGUGAGAUAUGAAUAACAUUUUACGAACUUUUCCAUGCCUUUUCCAUCGUUUGGGUUUGAAAUUUCAAUAAGUUUCUUCACCAUGUAAGACAUGUAAAUGUGCUUUCAAAUUUUUAGCACAAAAAUUCGAAAUGACACUAUCCCAUGACACUUUGCACUCCGACACUUAAACUGGGCACCAGGCCUCCAGGCAAUGCGCAAACUAUUGCUUCAGUUGUCAUGUAAUAUUGUUUCUCUACGAAUAUUAGGAAUAUUUACAAAUGUUUUCAAUCAGUUACUGACUGUUAAUUAAUCCCCGAGGCGACGGUACGGUACUAAUUCCGCACAGCUAUUUACACCCGGGUAUUUAAGAACAUAGAGAAGUGCAAAGUUGUCCUCCAUUAUGUGAUGGACGGUCUUCGACGUUAUGCGCGUGCGCGAGUACAAGCUCGCACUAAAAAUUUUUUUUCAUUUUGCAAAGAUGUAUUUCGCUGUUUCACAAUAUAUUUUUGCGAUGUAUUUCGCUUUUAACUGGAAACAAGCCUGCAGUUUCAUGAAUUAGUGGCUGUCAACCGUGAAACAAAGUGUGAAAGGCAUGUAUAAACACGAAUUUUGUCGAAGACGAACCAGAUGUCUUUUUAAAAGUAAAUUUAAUCGUUCUCUUGGUUAUGUUUGGGACUUGGGUAAGUGUUAUAAACAUUUCAGUAUUAAAAUUCUAUACCUGCUUUGUGAUACCAUAUGCUUUGUGAUUAAAAUGUAGUGAUUAAUAAUGUUGUUUAUUUGGGGCAAUUAAUACAGCGUGUCGUGUUUUUAUGUGUGUUUAUUUAUGGUCGUUUACGUAAACUAUAAUCUAUACUUAUAACCUAUAACUAUAACUCAAAAAAUAGCUUCUGCCUAUAAAGCAAAUAUAUUUUGCCGUAUUCUCGAGCAAACUACUGUCGGCAAAACGACUGAGUUUUUUAGCUUCCCCUGCAGUUUCACAACAAAGUUUCAAAACAUUUUACCGUUUAAUACAUUUUACGUUAAAUUUUAAGCCCAUUGAAAGCCACAUAACAUGAAACUAUCGAUACAUUCCAAAAUAUGAAAAUCAAUGAUUCUUUACUUCUUUAGUUAAAAAUUAUCUUGUAUUAUUUUCACGUUACCAUAGCGACUACAAUUAUUUUAAACAUGGAAUGGAAUACUUCAUGUGGAAUUUCUAUAUUUCAUCUGUUAAAAAAAGGCGAGGGGUUGCUUCAUGCAUGUAUUUCUAGUUUAUUGAUAAUAAAUUCUCGGAAAAUGAAAAUUCUCUACAAUGAUUCAAUAAAACAUGGAAAGAACUCAACUUUAGAAAUUAAAUUAGAAUGUAGUUAUAUGGUAUCAGGGAUGAUGGAAAGGGGGUGGGCCAAGGUCUCCUUUCCUAAAGGGGGCAAAUGUAGCAUUUUAAUAUAAAUAAAACACAAUAUUUUUGUCCCAAAUUUACUUUAAUAACAAAUUAAUUAACAAAGAUAAAUAUGAUAGAAGAGAAUUUGUAUAUUUAAUUAGCUAUUUCCCAAAGUCCUGGGUCUAGUCGCACGAAUCCCUUGUUGAAGGGACAAGAAAUAUGGCAGUACACGUUUAAAUUAAAGUUUAAUGUAAAAAGGAGAUAUCUCAUUUUUUGCUCAUGUAAAAAGUUGAUACUUGAUAGUAGAUACUUCUACUCUUUCACAUAUUUGAGAAUGAGAAAUUAUUUUUAUAUAAUAUAUAUAUAUUACUUGACUUAAUUCUGGUGAUGGAGACAUGGCUAAAUGCAAAUUUUACGGAUAACAAGGUACUUCCAAACAGUUAUAAUAUUAUCAGGAAAGAUCGGUUGGUUAACCAAUGCGGUGGUGGAGUUCUUAUAGCUUUGUGUGACAACAUCUCUUACAACAGACUUACUGCUGGAAAAAAUAGUCCAAACUGGUCAGAUCGUCUUGAGUUAAUUGCAAUCGAACUCGAAAUGGCUAACUCAAAGAAAGCUCUUGUUUGUGUUUGCUACUGACCACCAAGCUGUGACAUUAACAAAUGGCUCAAGUUGUUAAGUUGUUCCACCUGUGUAUGGUUAAGUUGUUCCACCCGUGUUCCAAUAUCUCUCUUGUCUUUGGUCUCUAAAGUUUUUGAACGUUGCAUUUAUAACCAACUUAUAUAUCAUGUCUCCAGUCAACUUCACCAUCUACAAUUUGGUUUUCUCAAAGGCAAGUCUACCACCUCUCAGCUUCUGCGCAUUCUUCAUGAUAUAAACAAGUCAUUAGAAAACCGAAGCCAAGUCGACUCGGUUUACCUGGACUUCACAAAAGCAUUUGAUAAGGUCAGCCAUAACCUUCUGUUAGUUAAACUGCAGAGGUUUGGAAUAAGAGGUGAUCUUCUGCUAUGGUUCAAAGACUACCUCUCAGGGCGCUACCAAAGAGUAACAGCUCUUGGUGAGUCGUCCCAUACUCUCCCUGUUCUAUCUGGAGUUCCCCAAGCUUCAAUUUUAGGACCCGUACUGUUUCUGGUAUUUGUGAACAAUCUUCCUGAUUCACUUUCAACCCAAUCGUCUGUGGCUAUGUUUGCCGACGACACAAAGUGUUACCGUCCCGUGAACAAGUUAGCUGACUGCGAAAGUCUGCAAAAUGAUCUAAAUAAACUUGCGACAUGGUGCAACGAUUGGAAGAUGGACUUGAAUCAAUCCAAGUGCGGGGUUCUUAGCAUUACUAGAAGUCAUCAACCAAUUAUCGCAGAAUAUCAGCUUAUUGAUACUUCGCUUAAGUCAUUAAUUACCCAGAAAGAUCUCGGGAUCAUUAUUUCCAACGACCUGAAAUGGAACAAGCAAGUUCAUGGCACAGUAUUAAAGGCAAACAUGAUGCUUCGCUUCAUCCGACGAUCAGCCUCUGACAUCAACAACAUCCAAGUCCGCAAGAUUCUUUACCUGUCUUUGGUUAGAAGCUCGAGUUUCUAGAUUUAGUUUAUCUCUACAACUGUGUUGUUAAUGACUCUGAUACAAACAUCUCAAUACGGGUUUCUAAUCGUAGAACCAGAAACUCUAAUUCCGACAAUGGUAUUCUACUAAAUGUACCUAAAUCCAAGACUGUUAGCUUUCAAAACAGUUUUUACGUAAGAGCACCCAGCGUUUGGAACAUUCUACCCGAUAUCCUCAGAAACACUACAAGGUCUUCAGCUUCCUUUAAAAGUUUACUAUUUAGAUACUACUUUAACCUUCUCGAACACGUCUACAACCCAGACAAUCCUAGAACCUUUAAAUCGGUGUGCGUCAAAUGCCACUCUACUCGUUCUAUUCAAAAUUUAUCUUUCAGAUCAUGUUGUUGACAGUUUGGCGAAAGCCAAUUAAUGUUUUUGUGCAUGUAUAGUAAUUUGUAUUUUUUGUCGGGACCCCGUUAUUGGAGUUUAUCUCUGUGGUCAGUCCCAGCCAAUGCACUCAUAGAUAUUUGAAUAAGUUUAAUAUUUGUUUGGUGCGGUGAAUCUUGUAAAAUAAAAAAAUAAAAUAAAAUAAAAUACAUUAAUAAGUCAUGUUAAUGCGUCAUGUUAUGUUGUUUUCAGUAUUUCCAGAUGCAAAAAAAAUCAUCAGAAAUAAAUCCAAAACAGAAAUCUUCAG